UCACGAACAAACAAACAACCAAACAAUCAUAGGUUGUUUUGUUUUGCCUUUCUUUCUUCUAGACGCACACAUACAUAGAUUUCAACUACAAAAGUAAAAAUCAAUCGCAUCUUUAUAUAUAACCAUCCAUCCAAUGCGGAAAUCCGCUGCAGACAGAUUUAGGCUACUUUUCAACAACGCUCUUGUUCGCUAUCGCCAUCAACAUCACCCUCCUUCAUCUUCUUCCUUCUCUCGUUUCUUAUCCUCUACUUCAAUGGCUUCUGAUUCCGUUUUCCCUGUUACCGCCGGUAACAUCAACCCUAAGAUUGUGGAAUGCGAGUAUGCUGUUCGAGGAGAGGUUGUCACUCUUGCCCAGAAUUUGCAAAAGGAGCUACAGACCAAUCCAGGUUCUCAUCCAUUUGAUGAGAUACUUUACUGCAACAUUGGAAAUCCUCAGUCUCUUGGACAGCAGCCAAUAACCUUUUUCCGAGAGGUUCUUGCAUUAUCUGACUAUCCAGCUCUUUUGGACAAAAGUGAAACACAGGGUUUGUUCAGUUCUGACUCAAUUGAGCGAGCUUGGCAAAUCUUGGAUCAGAUUCCUGGGAGAGCAACUGGUGCUUAUAGUCAUAGUCAGGGUAUUACAGGGUUGCGCGAAACAAUAGCUGCUGGAAUUCAAGAGCGUGAUGGUUUUCCUUGCGAUCCCAGUGACAUUUUCUUGACAGAUGGUGCAAGUCCAGCAGUCCAUCUGAUGAUGCAAUUACUCAUAAGAUCAGAACAGGACGGUAUUCUCUGUCCCAUCCCUCAGUAUCCUCUGUACUCAGCCUCAAUCACACUCCAUGGUGGCAGUCUGGUACCUUACUAUCUAGAUGAAGCUACUGGUUGGGGGUUGGAAAUAUCUGAACUUAAGAAGCAAUUGGAAGAUGCCAAGUCCAAAGGCAUCAGUGUUAGGGCUUUAGUUGUUAUAAACCCUGGCAAUCCAACAGGGCAGGUCCUUUCUGAGGAAAAUCAACGCGCUAUAGUAGAAUUUUGCAAGAAAGAAGGUUUGGUUCUUUUGGCUGACGAGGUAUAUCAACAAAAUAUUUAUGUUCCUGACAAGCAAUUUCACUCUUUCAAGAAAGUAUCUCGAUCCAUGGGAUAUGGUGACAAAGAUAUCACCUUAGUAUCUUUUCAGUCAAUCUCCAAAGGCUAUCAUGGGGAGUGUGGGAAACGUGGAGGUUAUAUGGAGGUGACUGGAUUUUCUGCAGAUGUGAGGGAGCAGAUAUAUAAAGUGGCAUCUGUGAAUCUCUGCUCUAAUAUCUCUGGUCAAAUUCUUGCAAGUUUGAUCAUGAGUCCGCCUAAGGUUGGAGAUGAGUCCUAUGAGUCAUUCAUGGCUGAGAAGGAAAAUAUCUUAUCCUCCCUUGCUAGGCGUGCAAAGAUUCUGGAAGAUGGUUUUAACAAAUUAGAGGGUGUAACAUGCAACAAAGCAGAAGGGGCAAUGUAUCUGUUUCCCCAAAUUCGUCUGCCUCAAAAGGCUAUCAAAGCUGCAGAGGCUGCAAAUACAGCACCUGAUGCCUUCUACUGUAAACGCUUGCUUAAUGCCACCGGAGUGGUUGUUGUUCCUGGUUCUGGUUUUGGACAGGUUCCUGGAACUUGGCAUUUUAGGUGCACCAUAUUGCCUCAAGAAGAAAAGAUUCCGGCAAUUGUCUCCCGCUUCACCGAGUUCCAUGAAAAGUUCAUGAACGAGUUUCGUGACUGAGUCCUGAUUGAAAUUUUUUUCUCCAUCAGUUUAAGGGUACCGAUUGAUAUUUGAACUUUUAUGGAUUUUGUGGUUAGAGAAACUAAGUCCCCUUUACAUUGUUUUCUAGAUGAAUAAAUUCAUUGUCAAUUCAACUAGUUGUAUGUUGAAUAUGCAAGACCUGAAAGGAUAUAUGUUUUUCUC